UGUCGUUCCUGCAGUCGAUUCCUGCACUUGUUUUGAUUUUCUUAUUGGGUUGUGAGUUGCGUUUAUCUAGUAGGUACAAGCUUUAAUUAUCGUAGUAAAGUGAACAGUUUAUUCCGUAUUUUUGGAAGAAAACUUCAUUAUGGGAGGAGGCUAUGCUUGGGUGACGUUAGCGACGAAUGAUUCCUAUUCGUUGGGAUCCCUUGUCUUGGCUCACUCUUUGAAGCAAGUUGGUACCAAACAGCAAUUGGCAGUUCUUAUUACCCCAGGGGUUACGAAUUCUAUGAGAUCCAAAUUAAACGAAGUAUUCAACGUAGUGAAAGAAGUAAACAUAUUAGACUCAAAAGACGAGGCGAAUCUCCGUUUGUUGAAAAGACCUGAACUAGGAAUUACCUUUACGAAACUACACUGCUGGCGUCUUACGCAGUUCGAGAAAUGUGUAUUUUUGGAUGCAGACACGUUGAUAUUAGAAAACUGUGAUGAAUUAUUUGAACGGGAAGAAUUAUCAGCAGCUCCAGAUAUUGGUUGGCCAGACUGCUUCAAUUCUGGUGUUUUUGUCUACCGUCCGUCCAACGAAACUUAUGAAAAACUUAUUCAAUUUGCCCUCGAAAAGGGAAGUUUUGAUGGUGGAGAUCAAGGACUUCUUAAUUUAUAUUUUUCGGAUUGGGCACACAAGGACAUCUCAAAGCAUUUGCCUUUUAUUUAUAACCUAGCUUCCACAGCAUGUUACUCAUAUUUGCCAGCAUUUAAACAAUUUGGCAAAAAUGCAAAAAUUAUUCACUUUAUUGGCGCCUCAAAACCAUGGCUACAAUAUUUCAACACAGAAACAAGGAAGGUACAUCCUUCCGAAGGUUUGCAGCACUUAGAAAUCAUCCUCCAACGCUGGUGGGACAUAUUUUGCAACCUAAUUCAUCCAGCCCUUACUCCUGAUAUGACCAGCCAUAGACACACUGUGCAUGGUAGUCAGUCUUACACCUCUCAAAGUGAUUCUCACACUUCCUAUUACUACGACCAUGAACAUAAUCCCUCUGUACAGAAUCCUCAAAAUGCGGAAGACUUCCAGAACGUAUGGGAUCCGUGGGAGGAAUAUGACUCUAGGCAAUCAGGAAAUAUAGUUCCUCAAAAUAUAACGCAUGAAGAGUCACAUUCACAGCACUAUGGACAAUCACAUUCAUCAAAUUUUGAACAAACCCAUCAUUCUGAUCAUGGUCAUGAUACCCAUAUCCAUCAAAGUGAUCAUUUUAAGCAAACCCAUCAUUAUGAUCAUGGUCAUGAUAGCCAUAUUCAUCAAAAUGAUCAUUUUAAACAUACACCUUCACAUUUGUCUGAUCAUCAUCAAACUGCUCAAAAUAUCGAUCAUAGCCAUCACGAACAAUCACACACACAUAGUCAUUAUGUUCAACCUGUUUAUACCGAAAAUAAGCCGUCAGAAACUCAUUUUCCAGAUCAGUCUUCUUGUAGUUCUUAUGUAGAAUAUCGACCGCCAGAAAUCUAUCAUUCUGAAAACAAACCUUCUGAAAGUCAUUACCAUCAUUCUGUCGAUCACACUCCUUCAGAGCACCACCCUCAUCAUCAUUAUGAGCAAAAACACGAAUCUAGUCAUAAUUAUGAACAUCAUACUGACAGACGGGAGUCUAGUAGUCAAAAUCAACAAAAUCUAAUUGAAUCUCACAAUACAAAUACAUUUUCAAGAGCUGAUCAUAAUGUUCACAUUCAUCAUCCUUUAAUCCCUACAUCUAGUCAACCGCAUUCUCCUAAUAUCCAUCACCAACCUCCCACUUCUGACUACUCCUCGGAUCAUCCUCCUCCAAAUGAUCCUAGACUACCAGAUGAGUGUGUGGCAACUACUACAGUGUCCAACGAAAUAACAUUGCAAUCAGACUCUAACGAGGAAAAUUCAGAUAAUCAAGCCGGCUUAGCAGGUGCGUUUGCCAAUCUGACCUUGGGUCAACCAAGAACACCUGAACAACAAGCCCUAGACGACCAUUUAAGGAGGCAAGGCUGGGAGGUAGGAAAUAUAGACUACCUAGGACGAGACUCAUUUGACAACAUAUGGAGCAAAAUUUGCGAAACAUUGGCACUUGCCCCUGAUGCAGCUCCAACAGUUGAGCAACCCCAAGAAGCUGCACCAGUGGUACUGUCUGCAACUGUCGAAGUUUCUGAUAGUCCACAAUCGAAGACCGAACCACCCGCAGAAGCAAUUCCCUCUCCUCAAACCCCACAACCUGUUCCGUCUGAAUCAAAAGACCCUCUACCCACGGAAGCUGCUCCCAAAGUGCCCCCUAUACAAUCGAUUCCUGAACAGCCAGUAAGUCAAAAGCCGGUUGUCGAAAUACCCUCUGCAGGAACUGCACCUCCAGAGGCAGUUGCCAGUCAGCAAGAGAGUCCUAAAUCAGAAACACCUAUUCAACAACCGACACCAUCUGAACAAGAAAGUCAACAGGUACCUGUAGAGACUAAUCAAUCUGUACAACCUUCUGAAGUUAAAGAACCAGCUACAGGUGCACCUAGUCCAGCUGCUAAAACGAUAGAACCUGUUUCUACUGAGCCACCUAAAGAAGAACCAACUGUAGUUUCUGAAAGUCCUAAACAAGUGUCUGAAACUCCUCAAGCAGACCUGCCAAAAGCUGCAGAUUCGUCUAAAGAAUCUACUGAUACCUUAACUGCUCAGUCAGUAAGUGAAAAACCGCCCACAGAACCUGUAACCGUUGUUUCUCAAUCUCCAGAAAAACCAGAAGAUCAAAAACCCACAAUAGAGGAUCUUAAAAGCCCAGAAGUCGUAAGCGAUAGUCCUCAGGUACCCACACAAGAGCCUGUUAAGGAGGCUUCGAAAGACUCUACACAGGAAGUUCAACAAGAAACGCCCAAAUCUCCAAAGGAGGAUCAAAAAGUAACACCUGCAGAAUCUCCAAAGGAACCCCAAAAAGAAAUACUUACACAAGCUCCUGCGGAGGCUCAAAAAGAAGUACCUAAGGUACAACAAAAAGAACCUGUCGAAGCACCUAAAGAAUCUCCUAAGGAAGCUCAAAAAGAAGCACCGAAAGAAUCCCCCAAGGAAACAACAAAAGAACCCCCUAAGGAAGCACCGAAAGAAUCCCCUAAGGAAGCACCAAAAGAAUCCCCUAAGGAAGCGCCGAAAGAAUCCCCCAAGGAAGCGCCGAAAGAAUCUCCUAAGGAAGCGCCGAAAGUACCUCCUGCUCAAAAAGAAGCGCCUAAGGAAUCACCCAAGGGAGCUCAAAAAGAAGCGCCAAAACAGUCUCCUAAGGAGGCUCAAAAAGAAACGUCCAAGGAAGUCCAAAAGCCUAAAGAAUCUUCUGAAAAAUCGCCAAAGGAAUCUCCAAAAGAGCUUGAAAAACCUUCACCUAAACAAACAUCGACACCUAAGCAAUCUCCUGUAUCUAAAAAAGGUAAAAAGGAUCCACCCAAAGAAGAAUCUAAACAAAAAGAGACUGCUGAAUUACCUAGUUCCAAAGUGACAGAACCUACACCUCCCACGACACCCGUCUCUCCCCCUGUAUCACAAGAACCUAGUUCCCCUAGUCCCGUUUCUAAAGCAGAACUACAAGUUAGCGCCAGCGUACCAGAAACACCACCUCCAGCCCCUUCAUCAGAAGCCGCAAAAGGUCCUACUCCUCCUCCCCGUAAGAGUGGUGGUGGAAAGAAGAAAUAGGCUAAAUAUUAUUUAUAUGUUUUUAUUUCGAUCAACUGGAAAUGUUGAUACGUACUGCAUUUUUGCCUUAAGGUGUGUUUAACGGCGUUGUUUUAUUUGUAUGUUGGCUAAUUUAAUUUGUAAUAAAGCUGUUUGUUUUUGAUAAACAAUUAAUAUUG